AUGUUAUUAUCUUUUUUAUUAUUAGUACCUUUAAUAGGUAUUUUUUUUAUUGCAGGAUCUAUUUCUUAUGAUAAUAAUGUAUUGAAAACUACAUAUUAUAAAAAUGUUGCUUUAAUUACAUCUAUAAUAAAUUUAAUUAUAUCUUUAAUUGUAUAUAUAUUAUUUGAUUCUAAUACUAAUCAAUUUCAAUUUGUACAAGAACAUUAUAAUUUAAGUUUUUUUGAUAUUUAUUUAGGAGUAGACGGUAUAUCUAUAUAUUUUGUAUUAUUAACAACAAUAAUAAUGCCUAUAGCUAUAUUAUCUAAUUGAAAUUCAAUAACAGAAAAUAUAAAAUCUUAUUUAAUAAUAAUGUUAUUAUUAGAAACAUUAUUACUAGCUAUUUUUUUAGUUUUAGAUAUAUUAUUAUUUUAUGUAUUUUUUGAAAGUACAUUACCUCCUUUAUUUUUAUUAAUAGGUUUAUUCGGAUCUAAUAAUAAAGUUAGAGCCAGUUUUUAUAUAUUUUUAUAUACAUUAUGAGGAUCAUUAUUUUUAUUAUUAUGUAUAUUAGCUAUGUCUUCAAUCAUGGGUACUACAGAUUUUGAUGCAUUAUUUAAAACUAAUUUUGAUUAUAUUACACAAUUAUUCUUAUUCGGAGGAAUAUUCUUAUCAUUUGCAGUUAAAACUCCUACAAUUUUUUUAAAUAAUUGAUUAUUAAAAGCUCAUGUUGAAUCUCCUUUAGGCGGAAGUAUAAUACUAGCGGCUAUAGUUUUAAAAACUAGUUUAUAUGGUAUUUGUAGAUUAAUUUUACCUAUAUUACCUAAAGCAUCUAUUAAUUUUACAUAUAUUGUUUAUGUAAUAGGAGUUAUUACUAUAAUUUAUGCUAGUUUCAGUACAUUAAGAACUACAGAUGUAAAAGAAUUAAUAGCUUAUAGUUCUGUAUCUCACGCUGCAGUUUAUUUAAUAGGAGUAUUUAGUAAUACAAUACAAGGUAUAGAAGGAAGUAUAGUUUUAGGUUUAGCUCACGGAUUUGUUUCAAGUGGUCUAUUUAUAUGUGCGGGAGGUAUAUUAUACGAUAGAUCUGGAACUAGAUCUAUUUAUUUUUAUAAAGGUAUAGCUCAAAUUAUGCCUUUAUUUUCUAUAUUAUUCUUCAUAUUAUCUUUAGGUAACUGUGGAGCUCCUUUAACUUUAAAUUUUGUAGGUGAAUUUAUGUCUCUUUAUGGAGUAUUUGAAAGAUUACCUUUAUUAGGUGUAUUUGCUAGUUUAUCUAUUAUAUUUUCAGCUGCUUAUACAAUCUAUAUGUUCAAUAGAAUAGCUUUUGGAGGUACAUUUAGUAAAUUUUUUUUAGAAAAUAUAUCUGAUAUUACAAAAAGAGAAUUUUUCUUACUAUUUAUUUUAGUAUUAUUUACUGUAAUUUUCGGUAUAUAUCCAUCUUUUAUAUUAGAUGGUUUACAUUAUUCUGUAACAAAUUUAAUUUAUUAUUCAUAA